AUGUUACCCCCAAAUUUUAAGAAGGGUCCAGGUAGGCCAAAAAAAUUAAGGUGGAAGGAGCAUGAUGAAACAGGCUCAAGGAUGAGGAGGCCUGGUGUGGCAUAUAGGUGCACAAGGUGUGAUCAAUUUGGCAACAACUAUAGGAAAUGCCAAAGCACAUUACAAGACACUAAUGCAUUGAAGAGAAAGAGAAAAACACAUAGGACCAAGGGUGAAACCUCGAGCAAUACCAACACAGCUGAACCAAGUGUAGAGAAAACACCUGUUGAAAGUACCAAAAUUGCUGCUGAACCAAGUGUAGAGCAAGCAAUUGUUGAUCCUACUGUUGAGCCAAUUGUAGAGGAUCCUUUCUAUGAUCCAAAAAUUGAUGACAUAAUUGAAAACACGUUUGCUUCUCAGUUGCUUCCUACUGAAGUUCCUUUUCAACCAAAAAAUACUCAACAGUCUUAA